UACAUGCAGUUGUCAAUUUCAUUCGAUUGUUUAUUUUGCCAUUUUAUUUUUUCUUCAUAUAAAACAGUUGUCACAUUUUCAGAAAAAAAAAAUGGAAUUUUAGAAUUCUCAUGUCUAAAUAUUACGAAUCAACGCCCAUUCUAAGAAUGAAUGCAAUCGAUUUUGCCACAAUGAGAUUUAUGACUGUUGCGUAGUUUCAUUGAAACAAUUUCAAUGAAGAAAGCAGUACUAACAAAAUUAUCUCAUGCCAGUGCACAGAAGUUUUGAUAAUGAACAUGUUGCAACUAAUCAAAUUUGAAUGUACAUUAGAAAUGAAAAGACGGUUACAACAUCUUGAUAACCUUUGAUUUUGCCAAGAAUGUUUCUUUCUAAUAAGAGUUUUGUUCCCGAAACAAAAAUUAAUUUUCAUCCAGUAUUUAUAGGGUCGCAAUCAUUCCGAAUAUUUGUAGUUUUGAUCGUGCUUUUAGAAAGUAAACGGCUGAAAUUAGUAAACAUGAAAUUGAUUCUCUACGUUGUUGCUGUUGGAUUUGUGCAGGUCUGCUUCAGUGCUGUGGUUGUGAAGAGAGAAGAAAAACCGAACGAUCCGUUUGACGAAACUAUUGAUGAACUACGCACCGUACUUAAGGCAGUGCAUGGCACGAAUCCCCAAGCCGUUGAAAAUUUCAUCAACAAUUUGAAUGGUUUUCGUGAUGAAGCAACAGAUGGUGAAGCAUUGAAUAGCUUCUUGAAUCUAUUGAGUCUGGCUGUUAAUGCUGAUGUAUCCAAGCUAAAUCAAACAUUGCAAGAAUCUCCAUUCUUUGACAGUAGCGAAGAAGAUGAUGGAGAUGCGAAUGAAGAUCCAGAACAAAUCAAUUCAAACUUGGCGCAAGGCUUUUCGAAAGGGAGCUCACAUAACAAGGCUUUGGACAGGUUUAAAGAAGCUGUUUCCAAAGCAUGGACUGAAUCACAAACCAAACGAGCAAUGGAAUUGCUACAGGGUUUUAGCCAAAAUGCCACACCAAUGGAGAAAGAAAAUGCUUACCGGAAACUGAUCAUUUCAGCUGCUCGGAAUGCUUUGGGAAUUAAAACUCUAUUCGCAAUAAAUUAAACAUGAAUUUUUUUCCAAAUGAUGAAAUGUAAAAUAAUUUAAUAAAAAAUGUUCUCAUGUCAGAAUACUGACUUUUAUAUAAGAGUACACUGUUGAAAUAUCCAAUAAAGUGAUAAAUACGACCACAA